CAUCGGACCACCAGACGGCCUCGAAACGCCGCUCUCACCACGCGAUUGACGGUUAUCGAUAAUGCAAGAUACGGGGGCAUUUUUGGUGAGAAGAUAUGGUAUAUAAUGAACAAGACAUCAUUCUAGAUUUUGGUAUCAUCACUCUCAAGCUCAUUAAUUACUGCUGAUUGAACUGCAUUGCACUAAAAUUCACCUGUAAUUUCGACCAUCUCUACCACGAUAAUUAUCUCUUCGCAAUACCAAAAUGCAACCAGUUCUCAGAGUCAUGCCCACCGGUCAAAAGAUCGUCCCUCUUCUCUUGACAGUCGGCAGCGCCACUGUAGUAGGUGGAUGCGUGCGCACACAAUUGAAGACACAAUCACGGACAUUCGACAGAAAAUUCAGCCAAUACAACACGGCACAAAGUGAACAGACUAUGAAAACUGUUAUUCACGAACUUUGGUUAGAGGCUUAGACUUGGAAUCUUAAAAUUGCGAUUAGAAUACUGCGGGCACGGUAUAGACAUCGGAAUACAGGCUAGAAUGGCGUUCUGGUUUAGGUUUAUAUAUCACGACAUAAUGACAAUCACAUGAAGCAUUACACACCA